AUGGGGAUAAGUACAGUGGCCAAUGUGGUGGGCAAACCACUGUAUGUUGAUCUCCGUACCGAGCAAAUGAAAUUGAUCUCGUUUGCAAGAGUUUAUGUGGAGAUAUCAGCAACACAGCCUAGGUGUAACUCAAUGGACAGAGACCUUGAUGGGGAAUCUUGUUCCGUGAAGAUUAAGUACGAAUUGCGACCAAUUGCAUGCCUGAGUUGUGGCACUUUUGGCCACAAGUGUGCCCCGCCUCCUACCCCCUCAAGCCCAAAAGGAGAAGCCCAACAAGACUCAAUUGUUGAACUCCCUGCUCCUGCUAUCCAGCCCUUGACCCCUGUUUCAGAAGCGGCUGCAACAUCUAAUGGUCUUGGGCUUGAAUGGAACCAAGUUGGUGGGCGUCUCUUCAGGAUCAAUGAAGCCUUCCACUUUUGCUCGGAGGAACCAGAGGCGCCUAAAGGAGCUGAGGACAACUCGGUGACUGCCACGAACUAUAUUGCUCCGUCCUCCUCUGAUGAAGAAUCGGAUGGGCAUGCUAGUCAGACAGAGCUGGAAGAUCUGAGGUAUGUUGGCAUUCACUUCACCUGGUUUACUUCAUCUGGAGCAAGCUGGAAACUAAGGAAGAUAGAUUGUGUGCUUGUCAAUACAAAGUGGAGCCAAGAAUUCUCCUAUUCAGAAGCCUCCUUCUUGGACCCUGACAUUUCUGACCAUACUCCUAUGAUAGUAAAGGUGUUGCAACCAGUUCAUCGGAGGAAACCCUUUAAGUUCUUUGAUUUAUGGACAAAGCACUCAAACUUCCAUGCUAUUGUUACUCAAGUAUGGAAGAGUCUCGGUGAAGGUUUUCCCGUGUAUGGGUUAGUGAGCAAGCUAAAAACCCUCAAAGGCCAUUUAAAGCUACUCAAUAGGGAGUCAUUCUUUAAUAUCUCUAAAAGGGUAGAUGUGGAAGAGUCCUUCUUUAGACAGAAGUCCAAGAUCAAAUGGCUCAAAGAGGGUGACCGGAAUACUAAGUUCUUCCACCACUCUGUCAAUAAGAGAUAUCCGAGGAACAGAAUCCUUUCUGUCAUGGACACAUCCGGUAUUCUUGUCUCGGAUCCAGCGAUGGUGCAGCACACCUUUGUCUCCCACUUUCAAGAACUCGUAGCGCCGAGGACCUUGCCUUUGAGGCCGUUACUACUAGAUGUACAGGAGGUCAUACGGCAUCCUCUAAGUGAGGAGCAGGUGCCUGGACCGGACAGGUUUGGGGUGGAGUUUUUCAAGCUUAACCGGGAGAUUGUAGGGCCAUUGGUCCUAGAAGCGAUUAAAAAUUUCUUUACCUUAGGGAGACUUCUUCGGGAGCUUAAUAACACCAUCCUUGUCUUGAUGCCUAAAGUUCCUAAUGCUUCUUCAGUCAAUGAUUAUAGGCCUAUUGCCUGCUGCAAUACUAUUUACAAAUGUAUCACCAAGGUUUUGGCUAACCAGGUGGCUGCAGUUCUACUUGAUGUUAUCAGCUAG